CUCGCCUCGCCUCGCCUCGCCCGUUCAGGAGGCGAUCCCCGCCUGAGGCCUGGCCAGUGUGUGUAGCCUGUGUUUUUGGUCUCGCACUCAAAACACACCGGCACCUCUGAGAACGAGGUCAACUCGCCGCUCUAAUCUCCUCUCCGGCGGAGACGACUCCGCCCCCGAAGAGCAGCGGCGCAUCACCCAGGGUGACCCUCUGACCACCCGGGAUAAGCUGCUGUCAGCCAUGCUUAGCUGGAACUCGGCAUCAGCGAUCUGCUAAAGCGAGGGGGUCAGUCUUCUAAGUCAGUCGCUCGCUCGCUCAGACGGCCGAUCGACAAGUCAGUCGGUGAGCGGGUUCGUCGGCCAAUCGGCGAUGCCGUCGGCCUGUCGCCCGGGCAGCUAAUCGUGCGUCGUCAUGUUCUGAGAGAUCACAGAAAAGCUGCUUUUCUGUUCCGUUUACAGGGGUCAUUCAGCGCUCUGGACCUUUGCUCGACCUUUGGUCUGAGGCAGGGUCAGUCCGGUUCACCGCUGCUGACUUACUGAAAAAAUAGCCACUUCUCUCGUGUUAACUUUUCAUGUGACGCAGCGGGCACAGCGCCCGAAGGCCUCUUAAUCGGCUGCUUUGGUUUUGUGCGUGUCUAAUAUUACCCCAAAAUAUUGCUGAAACUGUAUGCCAUCAACGCAAGGUACUACACGUAAUGAAAUAUGGGUCUCGUUCUUUGUUCAGCAAAGCACAAAUGUGUUUCAACUUGAUCAAGUAACCUCUUUGACCCAACACUUUUGGAACCUCCAUGAUGACGGGGCCCAACAUUUCGUACGGGCCUCUUCAAAAUGAGAAUAAUGGACUAUGAAAGAAGCAGCGAUGGGAAGAAAGACGAGAGAAGAAAGGAGAAGAAGAAGAUAGGAAGAGCGGGAGGGGACAAAGUGAGAGAAGAGUGCAGGGGCAGCCGCGGCGAGAUGGGAGCGUUAUCAUCCGCUCUCCUUCUCGGCAUGGGAUCUAUAAUGGGAAAAUCAACCUCUCUGACUCCCGUGUAAUUGGAUUUGCCGGGUCUCGUGCUGAAUCGGAGCCCAGUGGGCAGCGCAAAGCUUGUUAAGAUUGGACAAGCAUUGCUGGACCUCUCAGCCAGGGGGGGGAGAGGUGGGCCGAACCCAGGUGGAGGGUGCGCUUAAUGCCAGGAACCAGGUUGGCAUUCAGGACUUUGUUCUCCUGGAUGAGACCUCGGAGGCAGCCUUCCUCAGCAACCUUAAGAAACGCUUCUGCAAGGAUCUGAUUUAUACUUACAUUGGCACUUUAUUGGUGUCUGUAAACCCCUACAAGGAGUUGGAUAUCUACAAUAAGGAACAGAUGGAUGUGUACAUGGGGGUCAACUUUUAUGAGCUCCCACCUCACAUCUACGCCCUUGCCGACAACGCCUACCACGGCAUGCUGGCCGACUUCAGCAAUCACUUCAUCCUCAUCUCAGGAGAGAGCGGCGCAGGGAAGACGGAAGCGUCCAAAAAGAUUCUGCAGUAUUAUGCAGUCAGCUGUCCGAGCACCGCUCUACUAAACACUGUCCGGGACAAGAUGCUCAUGUCCAACCCUGUCCUGGAGGCUUUCGGGAAUGCCAAAACAUUGAAAAAUGACAACUCGAGUCGGUUUGGGAAGUAUAUGGACAUUCAGUUUGAUAGUCAGGGGGACGCGCUCGGUGGCCACAUCCUGAACUACCUGCUCGAGAAGUCGAGGGUGGUGCAUCAGAACCACGGCGAGAGAAACUUCCACAUUUUCUACCAGCUCCUGGAUGGGGGAGAGGAGGACCUGCUGCAGCAGCUGGGCCUGGAGAGGGACCGCCAGCAUUACAGCUAUCUUACGCAAGGAGAGUGCGCCGUUGUGCCUUCCGUCGAUGACAAAAAGGACUGGAAGACGGUCAAAAACGCACUUCAAGUGAUUGACAUUGAUGCAAUCCACACUAAUCACUUGUUUGGGAUUGUUGCGAGUGUUCUUCACCUGGGCAACGUUCGCUUUGAGCCUGACAGUAAAGGUCACGCCAGCCUCAACAACCAAAACAACCCAAAUGCAGAGUUGCACUGGGUCUCACACGUAAGAAAUCUACACCAAAUGUCACUGAUUUUAAGCCCAAAAAAAAAAAGGCUCAUUUCAUUGCAGCUUCUUGGAGUUGACGCUAACAGUCUACAAGAAGGUCUAACAUACAGGAAAAUUGAAGCCAAAACAGAGCAGGUGCUCAGUCCGUUUCUUCUGGAUCACGCCAUCUAUGGAAGGGAUGCCCUGGCCAAGGCCAUUUAUGGGCAUACCUUCACCUGGCUGGUCAACCGGAUCAACGCGUCCACGGAGAACACUGUGAGCUCGUUUUUUUGCCAAACGGGACAGACGCUGUGCGACAUUGUCUUCUUCUUUUUUCCAUUUCAGGAUCCUUCAAAGAAAACUGUCAUUGGACUUUUGGACAUCUAUGGUUUUGAAGUCUUUAAUAUCAACAGUUUUGAGCAGUUCUGCAUAAACUACUGCAAUGAGAAGCUGCAGCAACUUUUCAUCCAACUCACGCUCAAGGCAGAGCAGGAAGAAUACGAAGCGGAGGAUAUUGAGUGGGAGCCGGUGCACUUCUUCAAUAACAAGAUCAUCUGUGACCUGGUAGAGGAGCGACACAGAGGAAUUAUAUCAAUCCUGGAUGAGGAGUGUCUCCGACCAGGAGAGGCUACAGACCUCACCUUCCUGGAGAGACUGGAAGAACAAAUGGGAACUCACCCUCACUUUGUCUCACACAAGCUGGCAGACAAAAAGACACGCAGGACGCUGGAGAGAGGCGAUUUCCGUCUCUUGCAUUAUGCCGGAGAGGUCACCUAUUGUGUUGUGGGUUUUCUGGACAAAAAUAAUGACCUCCUAUAUAAAAAUAUUAAAGAUUUGAUGUGUCAAUCAAAGAACGCCAUUGUGAGGCAGUGCUUCUCCUGCAUGGACCCGGACAGCAGGCGAAGACCAGAAACUGUGGCCACCCAGUUUAAGAGCAGCCUGCUGAAGCUGACAGAGAUCCUCGUGGCCAAAGACGCCUGGUACAUACGUUGCCUCAAAUCCAAUGAGUCCAAGAAACCAGGACAGUUUGAUGAAGCUCUGAUCAGACACCAGAUCAAAUAUUUGGGCCUGAUGCAGCACCUGAGAGUCCGACGUGCUGGUUUCGCUUACAGGCGGAAGUAUGAGGUCUUUUUACAGCGUUAUAAAGCUCUGUGCCCAGCCACCUGGCCACAUUGGAGAGGCGAACCCGCUGACGGCGUCUUGGUGCUGGUUCGACAUCUGGGCUAUUUUCCAAAUGAGUACAAAAUGGGAAGCUGGAUUAAUCAUAGAACCAAAAUAUUCAUCCGCCAUCCAAGAACGCUUUAUGCCACUGAGGACGCUUUUGAAAAGUGUAAACAUCAACUCGCAACAAGACUGCAGGCCAAAUACAAAGGCUACCGGGCAAAGGGCGUGUUCAGGAAACAGAAGGAGGCCGCAACAAAGAUCGAGACGUGCUGGAGAGGAGUGCAGGCAAGGAAGGAGAGAGACAAGAGAGCGUGGGCUGUCAAAGUCAUUAAGCGAUUUAUCAAAGGUUACAUGACUAGAGGGCAAGCAAAAGUCACGGACAACUCUGAGUAUUUGGUCUUUGUGAGGCAGAAUUACCUGAACAGGCUCCAAGACAACCUGCCCAAGACACUUUUGGACAAAACCACUUGGCUAUCUCCGCCACACGUGCUGGCCGAGACGUCGGAACUACUUCGGAAGCUGCACUACCGCCUCAUGGUGCGGAAAUACGUAAGAGGAAUCACAACCCAGAAAAAAACACAGCUUCAAAUGAAGUUGAUUGCCAGCGCCAUGUUCAAGGGGAAAAAGGAAAGUUAUCCCCAAAGUGUUGCCCAACCUUUUGUGGACACCAGAAUCAGUGAUGAAGAUAUUAAUGCGAGGGUCCUGCAGAUGCUUCGUAAUGAGCACAUCAAGUACGCCGUCCCGAUGAUGAAAUACGACAGGAACGGUUUCAAAAGGAGGCCGCGACAGCUCAUCUUCACUCAGGCGGCGGCCUACAUGGUUGAGGAGGCGAGGAUCAAGCAGAGGAUUUUAUAUACCGCGCUUAAAGGGAUUUCGGUCAGUAAUUUGACAGACAGCAUCGUUGUGUUACACAUAACAUGUGAGGACCCCAAAGAGAAGGGAGAUCUUGUACUGCAGUGCAACCACUUGUUUGAGCUGGUGACCAAACUCUGCAUCAUUGCUAAUAAACAGAACGUGGUCAGGGUGCUUCAGGGCAGCAUCAAAGUAGAAAUUCAGGCUGGGAAAGAGAGCGCAGUCGAAUUCAGCACAGGCCCGGAGCCGAUGGUGUACAAGGCCAAGAAUGGACACCUCACGGUGGUUGCCACUCGGGCCAGGCCGAGGUAACACGAGGGGCAGAGGAGACACAAAAGAAGCCCCUGCAUCUUUCAUGGGAGACGGAUGCCCCAAAGCUGGCUCAACAUCGCCACGGGAUACACGUCCGGCACUUUAGGAUGAGCGACAUCACCUUAAUGAUUACAUUUACAUU